ACUCACAAGUAUGGCCGCUUUUCCUACUGCUACUUUCUGUCAAACCUGCAUUGAGUUCUGUGUUGCUUUGCCUGUUUACUUGCAAUGAUACACUACGGUAAAUCUGAAUUGACUGAUUUAUCCGUCGGACGAAAGCGUAUUUCAAAAGCGACUUCCAGUGAAUGACUAAUUAAUUAACAAAGCUAACGUUAGCUGGUUUGCUAGCUGCUGCUUGUGUUAUCCACGAUGAGCUUGCUUUGAUUUGCAGUAUGAAUCCGUUGAUAAUGAACAGUAAUGUCAUCGGCUUUGACACCGCGACUGCUAAUAUUAUUAUAGCCUUUGAAAUUGCAUGCAAUAUCGACUGACCGGAACGGUGCGUUAUAUAAUGUUAGACGAUAGAUUUACAACCGAAAAUUUAUAUUAAAGCUAGGUAAGCUAGUUAGUUACGUUUUUUGUAUUACUACGCAAAAUGUGAAGACAGUCUCCAAAAGUAUAGAAUGGUAGCCUUCUCUCCAUGUUAUUUGUAAAAUACUGGCAAUAUGAUUGGCUCACCUGACUUGGUGGCAUUUACCAAAGAUGAUGACUUUGGGGAAGCAUGUGUGGACCCCUGCUUGCUGCCAGAAGAGUUUUCAGUGCCUCUUUUCACACAUGCUGGAAAUUCCAAUCCUUGGUCAAAGACGUCCUAUGCUAAAUUUGCCCGGGAUUUUAUUCUCAUAUCUGAGUUUUCAGAACAAGUUGGUCCGCAGCCCUUGCUUACCAUCCCGGAUGAAUCUAAGGUGUGCGGAACGUUUGAUCUGAACUAUUUUUCUCUCCGGAUCAUGUCUGUGGAUUACCAGGCCUCUUUUGUGGGACACCCCCCGGGGUGCAACUACCCAAAACUCAAUUUUGUGGAGGACUCAAAGGUCGUACUCGGAGAUUCUAAAGAAGGGGCAUUUGCGUACGUCCAUCACCUCACCCUCUACGACCUGGAGGCCCGUGGUUUCGUUCGGCCUUUUUGCAUGGCUUACAUUUCGGCCGACGAGAGGAAGAUCAUGCAGCAAUUUCAGGAGCUCUCCGCCGAGUUUUCCAAGGCCUCGGAGUGCUUGAAGACGGGAAAUCGGAAAGCCUUCGCAAGCGAGCUGGUCAAGAAACUGAAGGACCUUGAGUACACCAGAACUGUGCUGCAUAAGGAGACCGAGCUGCAGAAGAAAAACAGCGGGUGCUAUUCAACGCAGGUGAUUGAUAAAGCCAACGAGCUGGCAAACGUCGAAAAAUCCAUAUACGAACACAAAGACCUUCUGAGGCAGAUCACAUCCUACCCGAGCAGGAAGAGGAGAGACUGUGAGUUUUCCCAGGAGUCGGACAAUCCUGCGAACACAGCCGAAAUGGACAAGAAGCCCACGCCCACAGAAUGUUCCCCGGAGGGUACAGCUGAGGUUAUCGGUGGUAAGCGCAGACCCUCUUACACCCCUCAGCUUAUAAAAGGGAAGUCGGCAAAGUGCUUCGAUAAGAGGCUGAAAACACUCGAGGAGCUCUGCGAUUCUUAUUUCUUCCACCAUACGAUGGAACAGCUGAGACUGAUCGAGAGCGCUUUCCGAGGAGACCUGUGCUACAUUUACACCAAUCGGAUCAACCAGGCCUUGCUGAAGAAGCAGAAAAUCACAAACUUCCUCUACGAAGAGUGCAGCGAUUGGGAGGACGAGGCGGCGGCGGUGGUUUCAAAACUGUCCCUUGCGGGGAAUCUCCCGCCUCCUCCCACCUCCCUGCUGUCGGCGGACCUCCCGAGCCCAGCGGUGACGCACGCUAACGCGGAAGCAGCGGCGUCUGACGUGGAGAAGCUUCCGGAAGCGGAGCUUACCGAGUCCAGCCCCAGUGACCUCACCCAGGAAAAUUCCGACGAAGGCACCGACGCAGAAACGAAAGGGAGCAGGCGGAGCAGCGGCGAGAACGUGGUAGUGACCGGGCCAGAGGGACGCGAAAGAAACUCGGAAAUCCCAGUCGACCUUCGAGUGUUCUGUGGCGAAGCUGUUGAGGGUGACUCAGUCAGCACGGGGACUGAGGGCGAGGACGCCGCCGAGCAGGUAAGCGCCACGGAUUUAUCUACGCCUGAACACCGCGGAGCGUCUUACCAAAGUGCCGCUUAUGAGCAGGGGCCUUCUGUGAAGGUCGACGGCGACGCGGGUGCAACUCACGAGCCGGAAUCUCCUGACCUCACUCCGGACGUGGACUCGAAUGACGACGGAGUUUCAGAAACGGGCGCUGCGGUCCGAGCGGAUGCCUCGUGCUGCAUGGGACAGGAAAGGCUCCAGCAUGAAGACGCCUCCCCUGAGCCGGCGGAGGACGGCUUUGCUGAUAAAGUGGUCAAGCAGGAGCCCCAGUCCUGUCUGCAGGGGGACCUCGCCCUCGGCAAGGCGGCGAUUUCCGAGGCCCCCCCCGCCGGACUUUCGCCCUACGAGCUGAACUCCGACGGCCUCUCGGACGAGAUGUUCAGGUUGAACCUCGACGACAUCUCUGACACUACCAGCUUCAUGAGCACCUCCACUAAUUCCGACAAGCUGUCGUCUCCCUGUCACUAUAGCAACCCAGUUACCAUGAAGCAAAAGAAAAGGGCCGGGCAGAGUGCCCUGAGGUUCAUCAGGCAGUACCCAUUUUCCCAGCAGGCUAUAUUCUGUGUCCUGACGGGAAGGACCCUGGUGGUUGUGGGAACUGAUGAAAAGACUGUGAGGAAGCUGGUGAACGCCUUAUCUAUUUUUGUUCCGAAUCAUGGCAAGUACGGCGAAACGAUCCAACCUUGGCUCUCCUCUCCUUUCCAACUGACAGAUCUGCAGAACUGGAAGCUCAUUGGCCUUCACAGGAUGGCUUCGCCUACAGGUUCCAGCAUGCUCCACUCCCUGAGCCGCUACGCCCGCUACAUCGCCGUUCUGGACGCCGACCAAAAGACGCUGCGCUGCCCGCCGUACGGGGGCUCCCUGAUUGGCUGCAUGGCGAACCACCGGACCCAGAUCAAGCGCGGGAGCACCUACUUCAUGCACGUGCACUGCGUGCUGACGCAGCUCUGCUCCAAGGCCUUCCUCUACACGUUCUGCCACCACCUCCACCUUCCCAUCAGCCUCAGCGAGGACCCGGGGUGCGUGGCUUCCCGCAGGUCCGGCUUCCUGCACCAGCAGCUGGGCUACGGCGAGGAGGACAGCAGGGUCAUCCAGUUCCUCUCGGAGCUCAUAAAGCAGUCCUACCUGCAGGGGCCCGGCAGAACGGUCGGCCCCCCCACGUUUCGCUUCAGCUACAUUCCCAGCUUCUUGCACAAAAUUUAGGCGGGGGUGCUUCACGCGCUGGAUUGUAAUUUUCGGGUUUUGUUGUUAAGGGUCCUGCUUCUGUCAUACCCCUGGAGAGAACAGGAGACCAAGUUAUUUUUUUUAUCAUUCAACCCUGUAAGCAUUGCAAUGCAGCCGAUAAGUUCCUCAUUUCUGAGUUCUGAGGCAUUUGCAGUUGUAGUUGGGGGGAUAGAUGUUUGUCAUUGCAAUGAAAAUGCUAUAUAUACGUAAUCAGGCCUGAAAAUAUUAACAAAACCGAAUGAUAGCCAGAGGAAAAACGGCAGAACUUCAAGACUAAGAUUAACCAUUUAAAAAAAGUCUGCAACACGUUUGCUGUUAAAUGUUGUCAAGAAAAGAAAAAAAAACCUGCUUUCAUAAUUUAUAUUUAUCAGCUAGGGGCAAUGCUUUGUAGUGUACCAUGUACUCCCUGGAGGGAAAAGGACCAAAAGCACAAUAAAAGUGGAAAUGUAGUUCUCUUUUUUGCUGAUAAAUAGAAAUUUUGUAACCGAAACGAAUACAAUCCAUAUGAACUUAUGUAAUGUUAUGGUGUACUUGCUGCCCUCUGGUAAGUGUUAGCUGUGCUUGAACUUGAAUAAUACUGCCAUCAGCUAUUUUAAACCAGCAGCUUUUUGAAUCUGAAAUCAUGUAAAGAAAUUUGAUCGUAUUUGGGAGUGAACUAAAAAAGCAAAAAAAAAAAAAAAAGGAAAGAAAAUCUGCAUCAGGCCUGUUCUGUUCAUUGUUGACUGAAGGGACUCGUUUCACAAACAUAAACUUGUCUUUAUUGUAAUAUCUUUGAGUACAAUGUCAGAACAGAAACGGUCAAGGCAUUCAUCUCUUCAAUCCCACUCCUGUUUUUACUCCUUACCGACUGUAAUAUCUGCCCUUUAUCUAUGCAGAACUACACGCUAUCUUUUACAGGCCAUCUUGCAAUAUUUUUAAAGAAAAGCCACAACUUUAAAAGAGUAUCUUUAAAAUUUAGUUACCUAUAUAUCUCUUUUUCUUCCCAUUUGGAGAAUAUCAAAACAACGAUUAUAUAUUACCAAAUAGGGUAAGAAUAGAAUAGAAUCACUGUUGGCAUGCCUAUUCAUUUCACAUCCAUUUAUUGGUGCAGUCAGGAAGCUCCCAGCUACCGAGGUGUAUUUCCGUUCCAUUUACAUAAGCAUCUUAUAAGUAAUCAGGUUUUCUCGUCUUUGCCUCAGAUGAAAGUUCAGGGCUCUUGAAUGUUAUGCAUGUUACAAAUCGUGUAAUGUAGAGAUUUGCUUCAAAAUGUCAGUUUUCGUGUUUAGAAGCACUUAACACCACCCUUCCUGUCCACAGCUCGAUUGUAAAAGGGCCAGUGUUGUAGCUCAUGUUCAGUAAAAAAAUGUUUGGAUGUUAACGAUAUCGCUGCUGUCUUAAUGUUUGUGAAGGUGUCUCAGUGUAAGUAGCUGUAGGUUUAUGGUGCCACAUCGUCGCAGUUGGCUUGCUGUCUCAAAAUAAAUAAGCUUAUCGAUCUGGCUCCGCUUUAGUACGUCUCCAUAAAUGGUAAAGGUCAGUUUUUAAAGUUUUAAAGACAGAUGAUUGCCAUGAGUGGCUGGUGAUCAUUUCCCUGUUUCCGGGGAUCACCGACAUGAACUGUGUGUGAACUGUUCGUUCAGAAUAGCAUUGACGCAAUCCUCCGUGCCACCCUGCUUUUUCCACAGUAGUUGUAACCAUUCGUCGAUUAGCUUUUGUAUUUUUGUAUUGUCUCAGCUGUCUCGUCUUGUCGUGUCGUGGAUGCAUCCACAUAUCUGCAACGAAUGUCCCAGCAAACUCAGCCGACUGUUCAGCUUCUCUCAGAUAAGAUUAUUUCUACAACGAACUCUGUACUCUCGAAAAGAAAAUUGUGUCUCGCACAUCUUCACAUACGUCGUUCUUCUCCACUCUGUUGAUAACGUACUCAGAUCCUGCAGGAAGUGUGCAGUAAGCAGUUCUGAAUGUAAUUUUCAGAGAAGCCAUAUUAUAGUUUGUCCUUUCAGUGAGUAGUGUGGAAUGCCAGUGUGCCAUUUUACCAACUGUGGUAAAACUGUGUGAAGCAUAUUUUCAUAUUUAUUGGAAAUAUUACUACUUUACAAACAUGUUACUCAAUCCUUGAUUAUGGGACUAGGGGUAACAGCGACUCCUGUAUAAGGGACUUAACUCUAAUUGCACAGGUCUUAUUUUUUUUGGUUCUACACGUGCCUACACAUGCAAAUAUUUUGUUCCAAAAAAUAUUACUUAAAUGUUUUUCAUUUACUGUUCUUUACAGUCCCCUUGUACUCGUCAAAUCUCACAAUGUAAAGCAGCAGUUUCUGUCCAGCAUGAAGUCUUGUGUGGUGUAGCCUGUGUGAAUGCAGUCACCGUCUGAUUUUACAGUGUUUCCGUAGGCAACAGGGUUGUUUUAUCGAUCUUUUGAAGUUAAUUUUUAUGUAUGUUUUCUGCUGAAAAUGUUGUAAACACAUGGGGGGAAAAUAUCCCUAUUUUAAUCGUAUAAUAAAAGGAGUAAAAUUGUCCCACUCUCCAAGUCCUAUUUAUUUCUCAUAAGAAAGGAAGAUUUUGGCUCUAUAGUGUACCGAGCUUGAACUAGUAAAAUAUCGAAAGAAAUGUCGAAGUCAUGAAAUUGUUAACAUCGAUCGUUUAAUCGCUGUAGAAAUUAAUUAUUCAGUUAUUUCAGCGUUUUCUGCUAUACAUUUAUAAAUUGAACACAAUUUACACGCAAUUGUCAUAGAAAACAAUUUUGGAUCAUGGACCUUAAAUGUAGCAACCGUAAUUUUGGCCCAAAAAAAAAAAAAAAACAAAAACAA